AUGGAUCAAGUGGUCCAAGAAGUGCACAAAAUUCAUGCGCAAAAUGGCAAGAAGCCACUCUAUGACCUAGCAUCAAGGUGGACUGUGCGGACUGUGCCACUUCCUGUUGAAAUGGAGAGACUGGUUGUCGGGUUUGACUGGACAAGCAUUAUUGAUGAAAAUGGCGAAGAAAUUGUGCUUACCGAGGAGCAGCAGCGCGAACAAUAUCGCCGUUAUGUGCAGCACAAUAUUGGUGCUGUGCUGAAGGAGAAGGGGCUCUGCGUAGUCGACGUGGAGAAACGCCAAGACUUUCUUACCGUUGAUGUUCCUGAUCGCGAUAUUAAUCUAUUUGGACGGACGGAUAUACUUAGAAAUUUAAUCAAGCUGCGACUCCAAUCGUUAUCAGAGCUGAUCGCCCUGGAUCUACUCGAACAAUUUGGCCCGGAUCCGAACCCAGGCGAAGCUUUUCAUGUGAUAAGAGCGCUACUGGCGCAGCAGCCGUCUGCUGAUAUCGAUGCUGCCACCGACAUCAAGCUCCCAUGCUUUCAACGUCUCAUGAAGAGAUUGGAACUGAAAGUGGCGCUGCCAUCUAUUGGAGAGGAUGGUGAAAGCGGCGAAAUUCGUGAGAGUAUCGAACGGGUUAAGGUCCCGACUUGGACAUGGCGCGAGCUGUGGCUAGACAAGUCACUCGAUCUAUCCCCACGUUGA